AUGAUCGGGAUGCACUCGCUCGACUACAUCGGUGCUUUUCUUCUGCACCGCCUCAACAUCCUUCUCUACGGCGACAACGUCAUCCUUCCUGUGAUUGUAUACCCUCUCUACUACAUAAUCGAUUACAUCCUCAGCCACCUCCUUCCCAUCCUCCUCAUUCUCGAAGAUGACCCCCGCAUCGUCCAGUCGUGUAUCUCGCUCUACCGCAGCGGUCUCUUCCAAGGAAUCAAGCUCGGCAUCAUCUACGACGUCGUCAGUCUGGUUCUCUCCAGAAGUAUAGAAUCCCUCCUGUGUAUGGUUCUACAUAUACGACUGGCUCCCGUCGCUCGCGUCGUCGCCUCGGUUCUGUUGACACGUCUGCAUUUUCUCUGGAUUCGGCAGAGUAUCUGCGUUUCUCAUGUGUCUCAGUGUUAUCGGUGUCAUCAAUGUCAUCGUAUAAAAGCGGACCCAGAUGCAGAUAUCGACAUAGAAGAGAAAUGGGCAUGUCUAAUCAUCCCAUCUCUCAUGCAUGCCAUCGCCAGAGAGAUCUCCCAUGUCGAACCGCUGGUGCUGUCUGCUCUCGUCCGUCUCGGUCUCUAUCUCCCGUCGUGGAUAGUCCUAGUCCUGGUCGAAGAAUCUGCAGGUUCAGAUUAUCUUCAAAGCAACUGGACUUGCAUUCCCAUGCUCCUCAUGUUGCUUGUCCCUCUGUUCUUGUUGGGACUGGCUCAUGCCUCUGCGCAUGCCAACCUGUCGCAUCUCCCCGAAAGCAUCCUCUCAGAGGACAUCCUCCAGCACAAUGCCCUCAUUCAGGCCCAUCUCGCUCAGAUUCCCGUCCGUGGGGUGAGGAAGAUGAACCCCGACGAGGGCGAGAAGUUCUUUCUGGAUUACUGGUACUUCGAUGAUGCCAUCAAGAUGGGGAAUUCCACCCAGCUACACGAUCUACAGGAAAGAAUCGACCUCCAGCCCCGAUCUCAUCCUCAUCAUCCCCCGUCGUUCCCGCAGAUGGGCCAUCUCUUUCGCCGGGAUUAUAAAUGUCCGUCGGGGACAUUCUCCUGUGCGUCCAUCGAUCGGCCAAACAGUUGCUGCAGUACCGGGGAAACCUGCGAACUAGUCAAAGAUGCCGGGUCCGGCGAUGUAGGCUGUUGUCCUCAAGGUCAGAAUUGCUCGGGGUCCGUUGGGAAGUGCAAAUCGGGGUACUCGACCUGUGCGGCCUCGUUGGGAGGCGGGUGUUGUAUUCCGGGCUAUGAUUGUGUGAGUGAUGGCUGUGCGAGGGUCUACACGAUCACCGUGACGCUCUCUUCGACGGUGAUGACAUCCACUUCCACCCAGUCUAUCCCGCCAACGAGCACCGUCAGUAGUCACAGCACGACCACCACCGUCACCAGCAAAGAAACCAAAUCCACCGGGGAUUUUUCUCCUCCUGCACGACCCACCAGUCUCUCCACCGCCACGACCUCUCAGUCCCAGGAAACGGGUGACGUCUGUCCGUUGGGAUUCUACGCGUGUUCCGCGGUCUACCGCGGAGGAUGUUGUCGCACUGGACGCGACUGCGACACUACCUCAUGUCCGUCCACUCCCUCAACCACCAUCACCACCAACGACCGGACCAUCGUGGUCCCGAUGGAGACGACGGCAUCCGGGGAUGCUACGGGACGGUGCGCAGAUGGCUGGUUUAGCUGUGCAGACACCGCAGGCGGAGGCUGUUGUCCGACGGGCUUUGCGUGUGGUUCGAGCUGCACGGCCCUCGCGACGGCGACGGCGACGGCGACGGGCACAGUGGCCAAAGAGCAGCCCACGGGUGCGGCGAGUCGAAGGGGGUUGGAGGUGAUCCGGGUGGGAAUCAGCGUGAUGGGGGUACUGUGGAUGAUGCGAUAA